CUACAUUGGUGAAAAGAAGGUCAGUCUGAGGCAUCGCAGAGUGAUAAAAGUAAGCAGAACAGAGAGUGAGAGACAGAGCAAGAAGAGGGGAGGAAUGAUACAGGCAGAGAAAUAAAAACUCAAUUUCUGACAGAUUCAUACACUACUUUCAUGUAUAAAGAUGGACAAUCAAAAUAAAACCAAUUGCACUUUUACUGAAGAUAUCAACAACAUCCUGCUUCCAGUUACCUACAGUGUGGUGCUAGCGGUCGGCCUGCCACUCAACCUCAUCGCCAUGAUUGCCAUCUUGUUUUGGAUCAAACACUGGAGUCCCAUCACUGUCUACAUGAUCAAUCUGUUUGUGUGUGACACACUCUACAUCCUCACACUACCCUUUCUGAUCUAUUAUCAUGCUGUCAAGAAACUCUGGCCUUUCACUGAGGGGUUCUGCAAACUUAUACGCUUUCUCUUCUAUACCAAUCUCUAUGGAAGCAUCCUCUUCCUCUGCUGCAUCAAUGUCCACCGUUUCAUAGUUGUUUGCCACCCGGUGCGAUCAAUGGGUUGGUUCAACACCCGUCGUGCCAGCUAUGUCUCAGCCCUUGUCUGGGUAGUUGUCUUCUGCUUCCAAACGCCAGUACUCUACUUUUCCCGAACCGAUACAAAUGGCACAAUCUGCAAAGACACCACAACAAAUGAACUAUUUGAGCAGUUCCUGCAGUAUAGUUCUGUUGUUUCUGUCUUUUUCUUUUUAAUACCCUUUAUUUUAGUGAUCGUGUGCAACAGUCUGAUGGUGCAGAGACUUAUACAACCCAACGCAGUGGGACGUACAUCUCAGCACUCCAAGCAAAAGUCUAUAAAGAUGAUUUCCAUCGUGCUGAUAGUCUUCAUAGUUUGCUUUUUGCCCUUCCACUUGACACGGACGUUUCACUACUAUUCUCGCCACUUCAUUUCAAACUGUUCCCUCCGGGGAGUAUUUAGAAUGGCGUACAAGGUCUCCAGGCCUCUAGCAUGCAUAAACUGUUGCAUUGACCCUAUCCUGUAUUUCAUGGCUGGCCAGGGUUUCCGAAGAAGUAUACCUAAGAAGAUAAAGCAGCAAGUUCAGAAAUCUGACGAGGAUAAGGGUUUAUCAAACUCACAAUCAGAUUAAACAAUAAGAAUAUAUAUAUAGAUAUGUUCUGAGUUUUGCUUCAGUUGUAAUUACUGUUGGUCUUCUAAAUACAUCAAUGUUUUAACUUUACUGCCUAUGGAUCACUUAUAAAUCACAUGAUAUUUCUUCUGUAGUUUCCUGUUUAUGCCAUUAAUGCCUUUAAAGUCUUUACAACUUUUGCAAUGGUAUCAUUUAGUGUGUAGUUGUUAUGGUGAAGUUUUCAGUGAGGAGAUGUUUAUCUUGGAUUUUUGGGUGGAGUCUCCAAUGUCAGGGUUUUGUAAUGUUUGGAGGUAAGAACGUUUUUGGAAUGGAGAAAGAAAAAAAAAAGACUGGUGAGCAGAAUAAACAGGAUGGCGAGCAAAUAAUUGUUUAUGGUUGUUAAUGUUAAUAAUAACAGCCUAACUUGUUUUGAGGAUGUCUAACAGCUGUGGAAUUUAAAGAUUUAAACACUUGUACACAAGCUAUUAAACUUUCUUUCAGCUUCUCCCAUUAGGGGUCGCCACAGCGGAUCAUCCGCAUGUUUUGAUUUGGCACGUUUUUACGCUGGAUGCCCUUCC